UCCGUCGUCCCUGAUCUAGCGGGUCUGCUUCCACGCCCUCUUUGGUGGGGAACCUCAACGAUUUUACUGUUCCAGAUUUUAUGUCCUUCAUCUGAUUAGCGGCGCUUUCUCGAUUUUGCCUCCAAUAGCUUUAAUGGGAGUCGCCCAGAGAUCAGAGAAGAUUAUUUGAAGUUUCCUUUGUAUGCGUGAAGAAGAGUUGAAAAGGAUCAUCUGGAAGGAUGGGAGAAGUGUUGUAGCAUUAGCUGGGGUUAGUCGUGGAGACUGGGUGUCCAAAAACCCUCUUUUUGAUUCACAAGUCACUUCAGCAUUUCCCUUAUGAGAGUUUUCUUCGUAAUGAUACCAGGUCAUCUACAUUAGAUAUGUUUUAAAACGGGAUGGAUGGGAUGCCAAUCUGAUGCUUUCUGCAAUUUAUACAGGUUCUAGGCCUGACAACACACUUUCUCCAGAUACUUGUGUCAUGGUGCAGGCCUAAUUCUUAUACGGCGCAUAUCUUUCUUCAUUGUCCGUUGUCUGUCUUCAAGUGGACUAAAUUGUGAAAUAGGAUCGUGGAGUUUCAUUUUAUUUGGAUUUGUUUGGUUCCUGUUGAAGAUUUCAGAUAGAUAAAUGAAGCAUAUAGUGAAGAUUAUGACGUUGUUAAUGGCCAUCGGUGCAUUAUGGGUUGGCCUUCUACAAACUUCUGUACUUCCAGCGAGCCAUACGUGGUUGCUACCGGUCUAUUUUGUUGUGUCUUUAGGAUGCUAUGGUUUAUUGAUGGUUGGAGUUGGUCUCAUGCGAUUUCCAACCUGUCCUCAAGAAGCCCUCCUAUUGCAGCAGGACAUUGUGGAGGCAAAGGACUAUCUGAAGCAAAGAGGAGUUGAUGUUAGUUCCAGUUAACUUUGUAAAUGUCUUGAAUUUUAGAUUUUUUUUUAACUUUUUACCUUGACAUCUAAAGUAUACAAGGAGCAUCACAUUACCUCCUUCAGCAACUUUGAGUUGUUUUGGAAAUGGGUUUACACUUACACAUUUCUUUCACUAAUUGCACAAAUUCUAAGUAUUUAGAAAAAAUUCAAAUUCAUUUUUAAAUGGGUAUUGGUAGUUUUUUCUUU